AUGGUAACACCACCCACCUCCACAGCAGCUCUCAGUACUUCAGGUGUUUCUCCCUCUUCAGCGUUCCCUAUAUUGAGUACUUCUACUAAUGCGAUAAGCACCCCUUUUGGUACCAUCAUCUCUUCAAUACCUGCAAUAAUGUCAUCUUCCAUUAGCCCAAGUUCAGAGGUCUCUACAAGAAGUAGUUUUUUCCCCACUUCCUCUAGUAUGUCCAGUGCAGAAAGCACAGGGCCUUCCUCUGUCACUACUUUUCCCACCGUUUCAUCAACUGAAACGACAAGAACUUCCUCCACCAUAACUUCCCCAGUGACUUCUCCUACCCAGACGACCACCGUGCUGACUCUGUCUUCCACCACCCCAUGUCCAGAAUCCAUAUCAGUCACAAUAGUGUCUGCUUCUCCCACCACACCAUGUAUCGAAGUGGGUCCAAAUGCUGAAGUUACCUCUAUGCCCACUGUCCCAUUAUCAGUUUUUACUGCUACUACUGAGACGGUCACCUCUCCCAAUUCCACAAGCGUGACCGCUCUGUUCCCUGAUAAACUGGGCCCUUCUCCUCCCAUGCUGGACGCUAACCCCUCCAACAAGACUGCUGCUCCUAGUUCUAUCAGCAUUGGAAAAAUUCCCAUCAACAUGGUUGUCCUGAGCACACGAAGGCCUAAGAGUGGGACCUGGAUCAACUCCAACUUCAUAAAUACUCGGCCUGUGCCUGGCUCCACUACCAUCCCACACAAGGCGAAACGUAGAAGGAGAUCUUCAUCUUCCAUGGUGACUACACGCAAGUUGACACCUCAAAGCCUACCCAUCACCAGAGUUCCACGGAUACCAGUGGACACCAAGUCUCUCUCUACCCAUACAUCUCACAGGACAACGUUGACCACGACUCAGAUGACCACACAGUCUCGGUUUAUCAGCAGCCCAGGCACUUGUGACAAUGGUGGCACCUGGACACAGGGCCACUGCUCCUGUCCCCGAACCUUCUAUGGCUCCCGCUGCGAGUUGGCUGCCAGAGAGAUAUAUCUGGAUACAGUGGACACUGAAGUGGGCAUGGAGGUGUCUGUCAACCAGGAGUUCUCCCCGGACCUCAAUGACAACAGUUCUAAGGUCUACAGGGAUUUCACGAACACCUUCCAGGAUCAGAUAAAGAAGAUUUACCAAAACGUGCAGGGAUUCAAGGAGGUGCAGAUCCUUUCUCUGAGGAAUGGCAGCAUCGUGGUGGAAUAUCUAGUCCUGCUGGAGUUACCCUUCAGCACCCAGCUGGAGGAGGAGUAUGAGAAGGUGAAGGUGGCCUUGAAGGAGGAGCUCCAGAAUGUCAGCCAGGAUGGGAACAGCUGCCAGAAUGACCAGGUCCUGUGUUUUAAGCCUGACUCCAUCAAGGUGAACAACGCCACCAGGACGGAGCUGUCACCUGAAGCCAUCUGUCGCCGCGCUGCUGCCGAAGGUUACGAGGGUUUCUACUUCCCUUUCCUGGAGGAGAACCAGCUUCGCUGUGUCACCAAUUGCACGGCGGGCUUGGAAGGCGCCAUUGACUGCCAUCAGGGCCAAUGCGUUCUGCAGAGGAGUGGUCCUUCUUGCCGCUGCUUCUCCACGGACACUCACUGGUUCUCGGGCCCGCGCUGCGAGGUGGCUAUAUCCUGGAAGGCGCUGGUUGGGGGCCUGGCGGUCGCCGGGGCCCUGCUUCUGCUGUUGCUGGUGGUGGCGCUGAGCCUGUUCGUCCUGCGCUCCCGGAGGAGGGACAGGCAAGGCCGAGGCAGGUCCAGGGACGACAGGAAGUGGUUCGAGACCUGGGAUGAAAACACUGCGGGGACUUUUUCUAAUUCGGGCUUCGAAGAUGACAGUGAGUUUUACGAAGAAAACUUCCCUGUGGCCUUGGACACCGUGGACACCAAUGCCACGGUGCAUAUUCACAGACCUGAGAUGGCCUUGUCCUCACUGUGA